AUGUCCCAACCUCUACCAGCUGUCCCUGGACAAAAGGUUCACAUGGUUGAGAAUGCAGUCAACAAAUUUGUUGUUUCACGCACCAUGCCUGAGCCAACCUUGAAGCUGAAGGAAGGUGGUGUUAUCACAGAGAAACCAUACAGGAGAUUCCUUUGGAGACAGGCAAGAGCAAAGAUGAGGAGCCUUGAAUUUUUGAGUGCAUAUUCAGCAGGAGCAGAAUUAUAUCAUCCUAUAUUUCUCACGGCUACCUCACGGACUCAUCAAUUCACUGGUGUUGAUAUCGCAUUUCGUGACGUAUUUCGUGACGUACAACCUCUGUUCUUCGCCACACCGCUAGAAUUCGGUGGGCUGGGAUUAGAUCCCCCGCGAAUCGGCAACAUUCUGGCUAUCUAUAGUGUGAUCAACGGCUUGUUCCAAAUCCUUUUCUUCGCCGAUCUGUAUGAUAGGUUUGGCCCGAAGAUAAUAUAUUCUGCGGCAAUGGCUACUGGGAUUCCGACGAUCAUCUCUUUUCCUAUCCUCAAUGCUGUCGCAAGAGUACAGGGUUUGAGCCUCAUGGUAUGGACGCCUACAACUUGCUCUCUCAAUGAUAUUAAAUCUGGCGUAUUCUUGCGUAUUUAUCUAUAUCGCGACAGCAUCUCCGAACCCAGCGUCUUUUGGUGCAACGAGUGGGAUUGCUCAGCUGGGAGUGUCGAUCGUGCGAGCCAUCAGCCCCGCAUCCGCUACAUCUGUGUUCUCGCUAUCUAUCAAGAAUCCCGACCACGCAUGGAUUAUCUACUAUUAUUUGAUUGCUCUGGUCUGCAUAGGGAUCUUCACAUCGCUGUUCCUUCCUCGGUGAUCAUGGAAGAAUCAAUGUUGACGACUUUGAUGUCCGGCAGCAAGGUAUCCAAAGGUGCAUUUGUAUACAUUGAGUAG